GAUUCUUGAAUACGCCACCUGGGGAGGAAAUCUUAUUUCUAUAUAUAAAUAUAUAUAUACAGUUUUUAUACUGUUCUCAGCAUCUGUUAUCGUCUUUCUGGAUUGAAACACAACAGUUAUUUUCAGGAGCAGCAAAAGAAUCGACUAUAGUUAAUAUUUUUUGUUAUUUCAUUCAUACCAUUUCAUGCGGCUAAUAAAUGUCUAUAAGAGCCUAGUCAUUGUUCUUUUUUUCGCCAAGAACCUUUUAAUCGGAAACAUAUGAUUUAGUCAUGUUCAACUUGACUGUUUUCUUUUUCUUUUCAGUAUGAUAUCAAAGUUCUAGGACUGUUAGAAAUGGAUAAUACUGAAAAUAAAGAAAAUACGGAGUCUAGUCCAAAAACAGAAAAUGAAAAGACAGCAUCGGUGGAAGAUACUUCAGAGAUACCAUCAGAGGAAACUGUCUCCUUUACUGUUAUGUUCAACAAACAAAAGUAUUCUAUUACAUUCGCCUUAGAGAACCGAAUAUCAGAUUUAAAAAAACAUUUGGAAAAUCUGACAAAAAUCCCUGAGGGAAUGCAAAAAUUAACGUAUAAAGGUAUCCUCAAGGAUGAAUCAACUCUUCGCGAGGCUAAAAUUACAAAAACGACGAAAAUCUUACUUAUAGGCUCAACUGUUAAUGAUCUGUUGAAAAUUGGGCCCCCAGAUGGAUCUUCUACUAAAUCUGGAACAGUAGAGAGUACAGGAGCUACAGCUAAAGAACCACUUAGUAAACAGAAACCUCAUUGUAACAUUCUAGAAAAGUAUGGAAAGCCAGAUGAUGCUAUGAUUGGAGUGAAAGGCAAAAGAGAACGUCUCCCCCCUGUCCCGAUAACGGGUAUGUAUAACAGUAAAGGUGCUAAAAUACGACUAACAUUCAAAAUGGAGCAAGACGAAGUUUGGAUCAGUACAAAAGAUAGAACAAACAAAGUAAAGAUGCAAAGUAUUCAUAAUGUAUCAAGUGAACCAAUUAAUGGAAGUGAAGAAUAUCAUAUGAUGGCAAUUCAAUUGGGACCAACUGAACAAUCAAGAUUAUGGUUAUAUUGGGUACCAUCUCAAUAUGUAAAUGCUAUAAAAGAUACCAUAUUAGGUCAAUGGCAAAAGUUUUAAUAAAAAAAAAUAAACAAACCUACUUUUCUGUGUUUUCUUGUUUCUUUUCUGGUAAUAAUAGUGUUACGU